UAAGCGAACAUGUGUUUUAAACAGGAAUCAUCUUGAGCUUCGUGUUUAUGUCGAAUCGUGAAAACUGUGUUUAAAAGCAGCGAAAACUGCAGAAUGAACGGCAACAAGGACAUUCAGGAAGAGAAGCUAGAAGUCAGUGAGAAAAUACGUGACACCACAGCGGCAAAGGGGAAGAAUAUCGAGGAGAAACCCAAGAAAGCCGGAAUGGAGGAAAAUCAAUGUGGUCUUUUCGCACUUCGCGUGCUUCGGAAUCAAAAACUAAUCUUGCAAAGAAACUUUACUCGCACAAAGACCCAAGACCGGCAGGACGUUGUACAGAAGGAGCCACUGGAACCUGAACUCAAGCCUGCUGAGGAUUUGUAUGAACAAACGACUGUGUUAAUGAAUAGCAUUGAGAUGCACUCAAAGUCCAUGCAGUCGCUGAAGCAGGAAAUUGAGAUUCUCUCGACGAGUCUCCAGGACAAGAAGAUGAAUAUAGAGGAGCUGAAGUUGCGCUGUGAACUGGAGGACAAAUCCAUCAGGGAAAUGAUUGAGUCCACACAAAGGAAAAAUUUGGAGAUGAAGGCUAAGUUGCAAAGCUUGUUGAUCAAGACGAAGACACUCGACGAGAACAUUUCAUCUGUUGAAACGGAUAUACAGCAAAUUAAUCAGCGAUUUGAUGAAAUCGCCGAGAAGAUUGUUGAGAUGAACACUGAGAAGGAAUAACAACUACUUAAUGGCAUAAGAGAAGGAGAUUAUUCAUAUUACUUCUUUAUUUAAACUAUACGUAACUCUCAAUUUUAUACAUUGAAAUUUCUCUAUUCUAAAAUGGGUUAAAGUUCUGGACAUUUGAAGAGAGAAAAUACAGAACGAGCAUUGCCUAUACUGUACAAUUAAAAUACAUAUUAAUUAUUUCUUACCACAAAAGGAUGGAAAAGGGAAUACAUUGAAACCUGUAUUAAUUGAAUAUUAAAUUUAUCACAGAUAAACUUAUGUCCUAUUUUGGUGCACACAUUUAUUGUGGGGAAAAUUGGCGAAUACAUUCUUUUUUGGCAUAACUGUCGAUUUUGUAUUGACUUUUGCUUGACAUCAUUAUCAAGUUGACAUGGGAA